AUGACUCGUUCCGAGCGUAAUGCUGCCUGCUUGGAUGAAAUGAAAAACGUUACUCCAUCUCGAGCGACAGUGGAAAACGCUAUCGCGAGAGCAAGGGCUAGACAAGCAUCCAAGAGACCCAAGGCGUCACCUCGAAAAAAAUUCGCACAACCUAUCCCUAUGAAAAGGAACCUAUCGACGCUGGACCCAGAUCCAUGUACGAGAUCAAAAGACUGGAAACCAGAGCCUGCUGCUGCUUCUCCGAAAAAGCCAACGAGUCCAACGCAGCAAUUUUUCCAGAACGUGUUCGCGUCACGAUCAACAACUUCACCCAUCCACGGCUCGAGAGGGCGUGAACCUUUACAUAAUUCUAGAAUGGCAGAUCCACCAACUUCUUCGGACGCUCCAUCAGUUGAUGCGCCUGCGCCAGUUCUUGCUGCUACUUCGCAAGAUGAGGAACGAGAAGAUGGUGACACUGUCGGCGCUGCUCUAAGACGUGCAGGAGGAAAGGAGGAAACGUUGGAAACAUUUCAGGCAGAGAAAUUCGAACUUGAGCCUGUAGCCGAAACCAAAGAAUGUGAGUUUGGCUUGGAAAUGAGAAACCUUCCGACUUCACCGAGCAUGAAGAGCGACACUGAAGAUGAUAAAGAAGAUAACUGGGAACUUCAGGGGAUGGCCAGCGAAGAGACAAUGAAAGCAACAGGAAAUGCCAGACGCACUCGUCCUCACAAGGGCAUAUUUGUUCGCAAAGGAAAGAAAAAGAAGUCUUACGACGAAGACGAUGGCAAAGUCAUUAGAAGUUUGUUUUCAGUCGAUUCAUCCGUCGCUCCAGUUGAUGCUCUAUUCGACCAGGAGUCUUGUUUUUACGAUGAUGACGAGGACGAUGACUUCGAUGAAGAAAUUUCGGUGGAGGAGCCUCGUAAAGUUGAUCCACCAGACUCAUCACAGGAUGAGGUCAUGGAGAAUGAUGUUGGGGGACCAAAGGAUAUUGCCGAACCCCCGAAAGAGGAAGGCGAGACCGACGAAGACUCAGCGACAGAGGAGGUCGCAGUUCCUUGGGACAAGAAGGGAACUUCUUUAGGACAUGUUGAGAAGCUUGUGGCCUCAAUCAAAGCCAAGAAAGCGCAGAAGGAGGAGCAAACAUCUAGUGAGAAGACUGCAGAGAUUGCUGGAAAAGAUGGUACUAAUUCGAAACCCACCAUGAAAAGUGGAGAGGAUGAAGACUCCGAGGAAUAUGAAGACUUUGUUGGAGACUUUUUGCAAUCGGGCUCCGGUGAUGAUGCUUCACACCCCAUCGACAAUGUGGCAGAGACGAACGGGGAAUCGCCGGCGGAGGGAGUUGCUGGCGAAGACGAAAACGAUAGUUUGAUUGUAGAUGAAAUCGAGAAGAGCGAAAGCCAGAAUGCUUUUAUUGAACAAUUUGAAGCCCUUGGAAUUGAAGAGGAAAGCCCACAAGAAAAACGUUUCGUUACUGAGGAGAACAAGAGCCCUGACGGCAUCAUGGAAUGGAGAAGUGAGCCUGAAAUAGCUACUGAAACAAUCAUAGACUCAAACACGAGGGAUGCAAAGCCAGAGAAUGCAACUUCGCUAGAUGAAGAUUGUUCGGUAGAAGAAGGCGCUGGAAGUAUGGUAAAAGAUAUCGUUCAAAAAAGCGAACAGGGUGGAGCCAAGGACAGCAUUAGUACUACCAUCAAAGAUGACCAAACUACUAGUGAAGAAGAAAUCAAUGAAUCACCUGCACAACCUAAAGUUGAAACUGUCCAUUCCACCGAAGACAGUAUAGACCAGGACGACGUUAAAACGGAGAAAGUGUCAAUUGCUGAAGGUGGGGCUGAAGAGGAAGUAAUGAAAACUUCGCUUAUGGAUGACACUAGCGUAUCAAAUGCUUCUGCAGAAAACGAAAGUAUGAAGGAUAACCAAGAAGAGGAGGAGGCAAUGGAAGAGCUUCCUGAAGAACCAAUCCAUAUCUUCAAGUUUGCCAAAGCGAUCAGCGAAGGUGAUUGGCAAGAAAAGAAUGAAAUGGCAUCGGAGUGGCAGUAUAAUAGUUCAUCGAUGCCUCUCAAUGGUGUUGAAGCUGCAGAGAACAUUCAUCGCUUCACAAUCAUUCUGAACAAAGAGCCUGAGCCUCGUCCCUGGAAGGUUUUGCAGAAGCAGAGAACAAGAAACCACCCUGGAUUCAAGAGAAUAGAUAUCUACUCAGUUCUCGAGUCAACUCAGGUCACAGUUUCGGAGCAACCACAUGAUGACUACAUUCCAUGGGAACAUCGUGAUGUCAAGCAGCUUUUCUUGCACGAGCGAAGCGUUGAAUUCUCCAGAAACUGGUAUGGCGAAAACCGCAUGCACAAAGUCAAUUUUAAGUGCAAACUUCCAAUUUGCAGACCAAGAUCGAUGGAGAUGCCCCUUGGCAUAGCGGAAGAUGCAGUUGAAUGGAACAAGGACGUCUACACCACGUGGACGUCGCCGUAUCAAAAAGUAGAACACCAACGUUUAAAACUCAACAAAUCGGAAGAUGACGAAGACAAAAGCAGCAGCGGCGAAAAUCCGAAGAAGACACACGAAGCUCAGCGAGAAAGUCAUCUUGUGCAAAAGAGCAGGGCAAAGAAUGACGAACAGAGCCAAGCAAGCGAAAGCGAUGGCGAAGAAAGUUAUUCUGACGGAAGCUAUUCCGAUGGUAGCUACACAGACUCUGAAGGGAGUUACGGUUAUGACGACGGCAGCUUCUCCGGUUCAGAAAUAUCUGGAGCUGGUUCAGCUCCCAUCAUUGAUGGCAACAGCACAGCUCCUUCUUGGGAAGAUGCUCCAGAAUGUGGCCGCAUUGUCAACAUGAGAUUAAAGAUUGGAGAACAUAUUACUCGUGUUCACCCUGCAUACACUAGUUCCCUGAGACGAAGCCGUUGGAGGAAAAAGUACUUCCCCAAGGGCUCAUUCCCUUAUUAA